AUGAAUAACGAUAACUACGCCAAUGCGAAUGGAGAGCUUGAAAAUCUACAUUACGAGAUACCUCAGCGUCUUCUUCGACACACUCCAAGGCCCCGGGAGGUGGUGUUCAUGUUGACAAGAACCCAGCUGGCAAUCAUGUACAUUACCUGGGCUGUCGUGCGACACCAUGUGCAUCAACGCGUCCAUCAACUGGAGUUGCCAUUCCCUCCCUACCCCCCGCAUCCAGUCUGGUCAGACGAGGUACGGGUGAUGAUGAUACUGUGGGUAGCGAGAGAGCGCCGCAUGUUCGAAAUGGAGAUGGCUGAACUUGAGUAUAUACUGGGACUUGGAGGUGCUGCGUGUUAG